AUGACUCCGCCGCCCGGCGACGUGGGCCCGGGGCGGCCGGGUUGCUCGGCCCCGGUCCCGAGGCCGCCGCUGUCGCUGGCCGCGCGGCUGAGCUACGCCGUGGGCCACUUCCUCAACGACCUGUGCGCCAGCAUGUGGUUCACCUACCUGCUGCUCUACCUGCACGCCGUGCGUGCCUACAGCUCGCGGGGCGCCGGGCUGCUGCUGCUGCUGGGUCAGGUGGCCGACGGGCUGUGCACGCCGCUCGUGGGGCUCGAGGCCGACCGCGCCCGCUGCGCGCGCUGCGGGCCUCGCAAGGCCUGGCACCUGGCGGGCACCCUCUGCGUCUUGCUGUCUUUCCCCUUCAUCUUCAGCCCGUGCCUGGGCUGUGGGGAUGCCACCCCGGAGUGGGCCGCCUUGCUCUACUAUGGACCCUUCAUCGUCAUCUUCCAGUUUGGCUGGGCUGCCACACAGAUUGCCCAUCUGAGCCUCAUCCCAGAGCUGGUGACCAGUGACCAUGAGAAAGUAGAACUCACAGCCCUCAGGUAUGCCUUCACCGUGGUGGCCAACAUCACCGUGUUCGGUGCUGCGUGGCUCCUGCUGCACCUGCAGGGCUCGCCGCGACCCGGACUGGACGUGGACGUGGGUGACCAAUUGGGCAUGCAGGAUGUGCCGGUGUUCCGGAACCUGGCGCUGCUGGUGGUGGGUGUGGGCGCCGCUGCCUCGCUGCUCUUCCAUCUGGGCACCCGCGAGGCCCGCCGGGCACGCACGCACGGGGACGAACCUAACGAGCACAGCCCUCUGCUGGCCCCUGCCUCUCGGGCCCCGCUAGUGUGGACUCACUGGCUUCGGGAACCUGCCUUCUACCAGGUGGGCGUGCUGUACAUGACCACCAGGCUCAUCGUGAACCUGUCCCAGACCUACAUAGCCAUGUACCUCACCUACUCUCUCAGCCUCCCCAAGAAGUUCAUUGCCACCAUCCCCCUGGUGAUGUACCUCAGCGGGUUCCUGUCCUCCUUCCUCAUGAAGCCCAUCAACCGGAGCUUCGGGAGGAACAUGACCUACUUCGCUGGCCUCCUUGUGGUACUUGCCUUCGCCGCCUGGGUGGCCCUGGCCGGUCAUCUAGGUGUAGCCGUGUACGGCGCCGCUGUGUUGCUGGGCGCAGGCUGCGCCACCAUCCUUGUUACCUCCCUGGCAAUGACUGCGGACCUCAUCGGCCCCCACACGCACAGUGGAGCUUUCGUGUAUGGCGCCAUGAGCUUCUCGGAUAAGGUGGCCAAUGGGCUGGCGGUCAUGGCGGUACAGAGCUUGCACCCGUGCCCCUCGGAGCUCUGCUGCAAGGCUUGCGUGGGCUUCUACCACUGGGUGAUGGUGGCGGUGACGGGCGGUGUGGCCGUGGCCGCGGCCCUAGCGCUCUGCAGCAUCCUCGUGUGGCCCAUCCGUCUACGGAGCCGUGAGUGAUGGGCGACGCGGGGCCUUCCCAACCCCCACGCCUGCCGUGCAGGGAACCCAGGAUAUCAGCGCCGAGCCGGAUGCGGCGCCGUCGAGGACCAGGCUGGCACCUCGGGUACCAGAUUCCCGCCCAGGCUCGGCGGGGCGCCCCUCAAGCAGAGCCGGGCUUCCGUGGACCUCGUGCGGGCGCGGGGACAAUAAAGAGCCGCGGAAGCUCCGA